AUAAAAUCUUCAUCAGUUUCUUGAUCUUCUUAGGUUAAAAGAAAAAAAGAAUAAUCAAAUAAAAAAUGUUGGGUAAGAAUGAAAUUGGGAGCCCAGACAGAAGACCCUGUUUCUUCAAGAUCAUGCUGCCUCCCAACUUCACUCGACUCCGAAUUCCACACGACUUCAACGAACAACUAUCCGACAUAAACAGUAAUCAGGCAACACUGGCUAGUCGUACCUGCGGAAACUGGGAAGUCGAACUGGUGAAAGACGAUAAGGGCGACAUAUAUUUCAUACGAGGCUGGCCUGAGUUCGUCAAACACCACUCGUUAGUCCCCUUAGAUAUAUUAGUCUUCAAAUACAACGGAGAUUCGUCUUUCGAUGUGGUGAUAUUCGACAAAAACGGGACUGUAAGAAAUUAUCACCAUCAUCAAGAAUCUGCUUCUUCUUUCCCUUCCUUCGAAAAGAAAAUGCAAAGCUCUAAUAUCGGCUCGAAAAGUCUUGUGCAAAUUCCGAAGAAGUUUGCUACAGCACACCUUCCUCAUUCGAAACAGAGGAUUACACUAAGAAAUUCAGAUGGGGUCAGUUCUUCAGCAAGUAUAAUAAUUUUUAGUCGCAAAUAUCUUGCGAUUACCGGAGGGUGGAAGGAAUUUUCUGAUUUUAAUUCGAUCAAGAAAGGCGAUAUCUGCACUUUCGAGCUGAUUGACCAAACCACAAUGCAAGUCCACAUUUUUAGGAAAUAAGCACUUUUUUUUUAAUGAAUGUAGAACUUAUUAACUAUGAUUUUAUUACAUGUUUUCGUCGGUUGGUAAUAUUUAUAUACUUGUGGGAUGAAUGUACAUUACAUUUAUACACUUCA